CAGUAUCUAUGGCGCAGUAGUCUUACUUUUGGUUGCUAGGAAACAGUCAACAGUCAGAGCCAGUGGACGUCGAAGGAAAUUCAGCAAGCAUGCCUAAAAAAGCAGGGAAGAAAGGAGGCGGAAAACUUGCCGGGAUGACAGAAGAGGAGAGGCUUCUGUACAUGCAGCAGAAGGCUCAAGCUGAGGAGGAGAUAGCCAAGAGAAAAGAGGACAUGCUCACACACUUCCUCAAGGAUAAACUGCAGAAAGAGGAGAGAAACAGCGUACUGAAUCUCCAUAAGCUGCGGCAGCAGUGGCGCGCUGUUUUAACACAGACCAAGACAGCAGAGCUACGCAAUGACAUGUCAGUGCUCAGCCAGAACUUUGAGCGAGUCCUGGAUUACAAAGACGACAUCAUUAAGAGUUUGGUGGUUGAUCUGUCUGAGAGGGAGCUGCAGUCGGAGCUGGCACGCAGUUCUCAUCUGCACAACGUGGACUAUCUGUUAGAGCUUCAUAGGAGUCGGCUGGCAGAACUAGAGUUGAACUUCAACACAAAUCUAGAAGAACGUGGUUCAGAGUAUAAUACUGAGAGAGAGCAAAUUCUUUCAGAGCACCAGCAGGAGAGUAUGUAUUUGGAGAAGGUGAUGUUUUCCACGGAAAAGCAUUACACUGAUCUUGACAACGAGGCUAGACGUGACUACGAGAGCACUCGCAAUCAAAUAAAAAAACAGAACAAAGAGGAUAAGCAAUCAGUGAAAGAUCAGAUGGAAGGGGUUGUGGAAAAACUAUGGCGGGAACUGCAGCAGGUUUUACACCACUACAAUGAGACCACCAAAGACAGAUUCAUCGCAACUGAGUCUCUGCAAAUCAAGGAUGAACAAAGUGCUAAAGAGAUUGACACGCAUAAAAAGCACAUUCAGAAGUUGCAGGAGUCUGUCUCUGCUCUGCGCUGUCAGCUGAGCUCCAGUCAAACCGGAGGAACAGCUCAGCAGCUUCAUUCAGGCCGUGAAGAGCUCGCCCAGAAAGUUCAACAUUUCAGAGCCCAGCUCGCUGAGGGCCAAACCAUUCGGAGAAAGCAGCUCACCAAACUUACCAUUCAAAGCAACGAUGCUACUAAAAAACUACAAGAGAUUGUAGUCAUGGGGGAAAGGUUGAUUCGUCUCUCUGAGAUGUGUAGUAAGCUGGAGACCGAGUAUGAGAAGGUUCUGCCCUUCUACACAUCCUCACUGAGUGAAGAAGAGCUGAAUAAGGAGAGCGCCAAUGCCAUGGAGCCGCUGAAUGAGAAACUCGCUCAGCUAAUGCUUGACCAUUUGCCUCUUGAGAAGUUCUGGCAACGGUACAACAAGGUUCAGCUUGAACAUUUGUGUCUGAAGCGAGAGAAAACGCUGCUGUUACAGGAGAAUGAACGACUGAGGCUCUAUCUGAAGCAGUAUCUGGAUGAAGUUUCGGUUUCUGAUGAGAGUUUUCGGCAACAGAAGCUUCUGGUGGUGUUGUCUCCUUCUCUUCAGGACACCGUUGCCACUGAGAGACGCGAUCAGAAGCGCUAUGUGGUCCAAGAAGCAGCAAAUGUUGUGCACAAACAGUUUUAGGGAAUAAAAAUGCAAUGCAAGUGUUUCUGGUUGCAAUUAAAAUGUUUUCUGCCUAGCAUUCAAUCAGUUAGUCUGUUUAAUGCAAUGAUCUCAGUACAUUUUAUAUUCAAUUUAUGAUUUUAGCAGACACUUUAU